CUGUGCGACACCGACUCUGCUCAUUCGCUCUUUGAGACUACCACAUCACGUCGUCCACACUGCAUCAACUUCAAAACAUAUCGGAAAUACGGAGGAACACGGGUAUGGCUGGGAAUGUCGACGGCUAACAGCUACUUAACCAGCCAAGGAACAAAACCAGCCUCUUUGAGCCGUGCUGGAGUGAUUGGUCCAGUUCCUGUUCAUCCAGUGAGUCUAGUGGCAGUCGGACCUGUGAGCUGCUCGAGGGGUCUGAGAGCUGUGGAUUGCAUCAUUAUGGAACAAUAGCAGUGGGAAUCAAAGCUCUCCCUCCUCCUCCUCUUCUUCCUCCACCUCCUCCCCCAUUUCUUUUUCUCUAAGCCUGACUCUACACUGAAACCCUCCCCUUAGCAAAUACACAGUCACCCACACACACACAUGCAGCGGUCUGACCACUCCUCCCACGCUGGUCAUGGUCCACUCCCCCUGUCUCUCCAGUCAGCCAGGCAGUGAGUCAAUGGAAGCAGCAUAAUCCUCUGUAAAGUAUAGGGCCUAUACAGUUGCAUAUGCUCCCCUUUGUCAUGGCGGUUGUUGUUGUUGCAGAGGCCUCCCUCAGGAGAGGACAUGAGGGAGAACAGAAGGCAGCAUAAAGCUCACAAAGGGAGGAAGAGAAAGCGAGAGAGGGAGUGAGAGACACUGAAGCUGCCAUUUAUUUGAACGGAGAAGAAUGAGCUUCACAGGGCAACGGAUGGAAUUCAGUGGUGGUGAAACUACAUGAUGUGGGACUGGCAUUACUACCCCUUGCCAAUCACAAAUUGGACCAGCAGUCAACUUUGGAGAUAUUUGCCACAUACUGACCUGCAGCAAGGAAUGCAGUGAAAAAGGGACACGUACACAAGACUUUUUUUUUUCUUGUUUUCUUCUUUUUUUUCCAGAAUAUUUUUCUAUUUUCCCUCUACUUGGUGGUCUCUUUCCAUUACAGCCUACCAAAAGUGCCUUUUAGUGUUACUUUUGUCUAUGUUUUUUUUACUCAUCUUAUUUCAUAUUCAAAUUCCACAUUUCCACCGAUUAUUGCCCAUAACUUUACAUACAGUAACCAUUACAUUACAUUAAAUGCUUGUUGCCAUAUUUUAGAGAAGGUUGAGCCACAAUACCAGCCUCUAUCAAACACACACUUGACAAUCAUCUCCUGCCUGAAUUUUAACUGCUUGGGGAAGGCAUAUUUAGCCUCAGCAUUAAAUCACAGUGAGUCAGGUUACUCAAGACCACUGACUUUCUGCACUGCCUCCUCUGGAUCUUUGUUUUUUGGUGACACUGAGCUGUCACCAUGGUCACUAUCCAGUCCAAAUGGCGCUACCUUUUCAUGUUCCUGGGCAUCCAGCUGGUAGUCAUGGCCCUGCUGUCCCGAGAGGGAUACCAGAAGAGGGUCAGCUACUUCAUCCGCAUCUUCCGCAAGCCUGACACCACUGGUUCAUCAGGCCGCAACCACACAACAGCUGGCAUCAUUGGAGGGGAUGUAUAUGCCAACCUCUCCCACCUAUCCAAAGGUCAUAGCCAUGGAGAUGACAUGCCCUACUGUCCUAAAACAUCCCCUUUAAUAGGUGGGCCGAUCCAUGUCAGCUUUCCAUCAGGGCUCACUCUAUCAGAGGUCCAGAGGAAAAAUCCACUCGUGGUACGUGGUGGACGCUACAGGCCGCCUGACUGUGAGGCGAGGCACCGAACAGCCAUCAUCAUUCCCCACAGACACAGAGAACACCACCUUAAGUUCCUGCUCUACUACCUGCAUCCUUUUCUGCAGCGGCAACAGCUGAACUAUGGAAUUUAUGUCAUUCAUCAGGCCGGAAACUACACUUUUAACAGAGCCAAGCUGAUGAAUGUGGGUUUCCGGGAGGCCAUGAGGGAAGAGGACUGGGAUUGUCUCUUCUUCCAUGAUGUGGACCUCAUUCCAGAGGAUGAUCGCAACACAUAUGUCUGCGACUCCAACCCUAAGCACGCAGCCAUUGCGAUGGACAAGUUUGGCUACAAGCUACCGUACAAGAUGUACUUUGGAGGAGUGUCAGCUCUGACACCACUGCACUACCUCAAAAUGAAUGGCUUUCCCAACAACUACUGGGGCUGGGGGGGAGAGGACGAUGAUAUUGGAGUCAGGGUGUCUCUAGCGGGUAUGUAUAUCACUCGUCCAUCACUGAAGGCUGGCCGUUACAAAAUGAUUAAACACAAGCUGGACAAAGGAAAUGAUGUGAACCCAAAGAGGUUCAACAUGCUGGCCAAGACACGUCAGACUUGGAAAUUGGAUGGGAUGAACACCGUUGAAUAUGAGAUAAUCUCAAGGCAAUACCUGCCACUCUACACCAACAUCACUGUCAACAUCGGCACAGAGGCCGGUCUACAUCCACAUCCCACCCCACCUCCUCCUGCCAAAGCUGCAGGCAAACCUGCGGCUGAUGCACCAGCCGUAGUCGCAGAAAAAAGCCCAGCCAAACCCCCUGCCAAACAGAAAGAAGGCCACUCGGGGAAAUAGUCUCCCCUAAAAGACUGCUAAUCAUCUUUCACUUUGCCAUUACUUCAAUAGGAUAAUCCUAUCAGUACACGCUAUAGGAUGGUGCGUUUUCUUCUCUGUGGCCUCAAGGUUUUUGCUCGUUUUAAGCUUUUUUGUCUGUUUGUGGAGGAUUUAGUUUGUGGAGAAUCAACAUCGUGCUGCCUGCAGACAGUCAGGCAGUCAUUUGAGUGAUAGACAGUUUCUCAAUCCUUAGGUGAUGGCUCUCCGCCUUGGUUCCUAUAUGAUCCUGUCGUAUCAUUAUUCUUCCAAAGGAGCCACAGCAAAAGGAGAAGGUUAAAAGUUGGACUCUAUGAGUUUAUAUGUCUACAGCGCUGUGGUCGCUGGUUAAACCUUGUGAUGCCUUAGAAUCCUGUUUUUUUUUUUUUUUUUUAUUUCUUUUCACUCGUAAUUUACAUUAUUUAGAAUAGUGGAGCAGUUUAAUGGAGCAGUAGCUGCAGUUUCUAGCAGUUGCACUGUGCCACAACAGAGUCAGACUUAUUUUUUGUCUCAAAGCCAAUGAAUACAUGAGUGAAAGAGACAUUUUUUCUUUCCAGUUGAGUGUGUGAAGCUGCUACAGUAAGUACUAAAUGAAGGAACCUGUAUUACUGUUGACUCCUAUUACUGCUUUUGACAUAACAGCACACAUAUCUGUGUAUCUGUCUUCAAAUAUCUGGGCCUUUCUUUAGAAAUUGUUCCUAAACAGAUGCUAUUCAACUUCAGUUUGGCUUGUAUAUCAAAAUAUAGGCUAAAGCUUUCUAAUGUUUUCAAAGGUAUGGAUGCUGUACACAUAAUUUUGCCUGUUGUUAUAUUCAGUAGAAUUAUCAGCGGAAAUGAGAGUAAAAAAAAAAACACUUCAGUUCUGUACACCAAGGCCACACACAGUUCCUCUGUGUAGCGUUGAUCUUAGCAGUAAUCAGUACAUUCAGUUCAGCCUUUCAAAUCAUUUCUUUAUAUUUCAGCAUAUCCACUAUUUACAGCAUUUGAUAGAAUUUUCUUUUUUGUGUGAUUUUCUGUAUUUGCCUUUAUGAAAUAGAGCAGUUCUUGGUGACGGUGAUCAGUCCUCUGCCUUCAGAUGAGCUUGUGUUUCACAUCAAAAUGGAGUCUCUUUUUAUAUAUAUAUAUAUAUGUUGAUUAUGUACAGUGCACUAUACAGCUCUUUAUGUAAGUUUGUCCCUCGUGAGUGCUGGCUUGCUCCCUCAACACUUCAUAUGCAGUGAAUCUUGAAUAAUGUCCUAGUUUCUUAAACUACCUUUUCCCCUCUCCUGUCCUUUAUUUACGUAAAUCUUUGAAAAAUAAACUAGGAAAAGCACUUGUUCUGCACAAAAGAAGUAACUUCUGCAGUGAUCCAGGUGUAGAGAUUAGUAAAUGCUGCUGUUUCAACGUACAGUGGUGAAAUUGAUCUAUCUAGACAAACAAGUUUGUUCAGCACUAAGAGUCCAAAAUACAACAGGACAAAGGAAUUUUCAGGUUUUUAUUUAGUAAAAGUAAAAUUAAAGGAUUUCAUUGACUUUGUGGUUUGAGAAAUUCCUCCGACAUGUCAGGCUGGUUAAAUAGUUUAAAAAGCCAUAAAAUAAUGUUAAAUGCAUUGCUGUCAAGAUGACAUUGAUGAUGUGAUAGUGUAUCUUUAGCAAUAUUUACAAGUUACAGUUUGGCUCACUAAUGCGAUGAAGUAGACUGGGUGUCUUCUCUUUUCAUUCUUUUCAUGUUUGUAUUUCAUGAAGACAGUAGUAUUGACCCAGUGUCCCAACAGUGUGACUCAGAAAACCAAACAUUGUUUACCAAGUUAUUACACCUUUCACCUUGCACCCUUGUACUGCAUGUGGAUUCUUUGCCUUUCUCUUCUUUACUCUUCAUUCUGACAGAUUUGAUUGUUUACAAUAACAAAAAUCAGUCCCUUUAUCCAGUGAGUGUGGCUUUACUGACAGGUGAACAGGCUGAAACCAAAGACAACUGCAUGGAAAACUGUGACGUUGAAAGAAAGAAAAAAUGUGCGUAUACAGUACGCCCCAUAUGUUUUGAUGAUUUCUGUAAACGCUGUGUUAUUCUAUCUUGACGGACAGGCCUAUUAUUUAUUCCUAUUGAUAUCUGUAGCCUCUUUCAGUUUUGUGUUCAAAAAGCUGUCAAGACAAACCAGCAUGUGUUCAGAUUUCCCAAAAUUCAAACCAGAUGACAAAAAAUAUAUUUUUUUGUAGUGAAGGGUUGAGGAUAGUUCCUGAUGAUUGAGUGUUUUUUUUUUUCUUCUUCAGACUUUAGAGUGAAAACUUAUUUUUAUCUUCAUGUUUAUUGUGAUGUUUGCUGAAGUGGAUGAGAUGAGGUCUGAGAGUGUGAUAUUUCUUAAAUAGAUGAUUAUAUACUGUAUUAUCAUUUUGAUGUGAAUUCAUAUUCAACUCCUAUGGCCUUAGCAACACAAUCAAUACUAUUAGUAUUGCAACACGUGGGCACUAAUAUGACAGCAUCUUUAUAUCAGACUAAAUAUGCAUGGUAGCAAAAACUAUUAGUAAGGAUAUGGGAAUGUACUGAGCACGGUAGGGAGAUGAAUUUCAGUGCUCACCUAGAAAAUGUGAAGCAUGCUGAAGUGUGUAUUUCGUGAACCGUAAAUUCUUGUUGUGACUUUAUAUGUAAAUUUCCAUCUGCUGUGCGGAGUACCCCUCACUGUUGUGUAAAAUUAGCAUAAGAGAAGGGCAUUUUUGAGCAAAUUGUUUAAAGGAAGCUUAUGUUUCCAAAGUCGCAGUGUACACUACACACAAUAUUUACUGUGUAACACUUGACCUGAUUUUCUUUUUAAGAAACUUUAUGUUUAAUUUGAUUUGACUCCAUUCUGAUGUGGAUAAGCUCAGCAACCAUAGAAGGCAGUCAUCACAGGGUAGUAGUGAAGCAACCAAGGGCAAUGUGACUUUGUGAGUUAUUUCUGCUCUCUUUAUGAAUUCUGCACAGUCCAGAGUGGCCUUAAAUUCAUUAAUAAACUGAUUAUUCAAAA